AUGGAAUUGAAAAAGAAACAAGCUUUAAAAUCUCCUGGAAGGCUCUGGAGAAUCACGAAAAUAAGAAGAAACACGACUUUAAAUAAAACACGCGUGAAAAAACGAAAAGAAAGCGAUAUUAAACCUUCCAAUAAAACCAAUUUCAGUAUAAGGAAAUGUUUAGACAGAUUUAUUCCUUCUAAUGCCAAUGCAGAGGCAUUUCGGAUUCUUGAUAAUUCGCAGCAUUGGCGAAAGCAUAAACAUAAGGAGGAUGUCUUGCCAAAGAUGUUAAAUUUAAACCUUAGUGGUGUCUUAAAUUAUAAGAUAUUAGAUAAAAGAGAAAAUCGCACAUCAAAAGGGCUUAUUGAUUUUUCUGAGAGACAACUCCAAGGGUCUCGUACAAAUCAAGGCCCAUUAAAUCAGUUUCAGUUUCAGGAACAACAUAUUCAUUCUUCAACACAACCUUAUCAAGGUGCAAUCCAUGAAUAUCCUGUUCGCAUAUUGGAGGCACCAGGGUUACUCGACGAUUUUUACAUUUCGCCGUUGGCCUGGUCAAGCCACGGAGAACUAGCCGUUGCUCUGAGACAACACGUAUAUGUUUGGGAUGAAUUGUACGGUACGACUAUACUGGAAAUGCGGCAUACAGAUUAUGUUGUAAGCAGCCUAGCCUAUUCCGCAGACGGAGCUUACCUUGCAAUUGCUCGCGUUAACGGAUCUGUUGAAAUUUGGGAUCGACAAUAUUUAACUGAAACACCUGAAUACUGCUUUCAGCAUGAGGGCGAUAUAAGCUGCAUGGCUUGGAGCCCCACAAAUUCAACUUUACUGGUCGGUGGAAGCAUGGGCAGCAUAUAUAUCUAUCAUAAAACAAAAAGUAUGAUGUGCCGACUGUACACAAUCAAACACAUACAUCAAGAGCAGGUUUGCGGACUCGAGUGGAAUUACGAUGGCACUCAAUUCGCUAGCGGGGGAAAUGAUAAUUUGGUAUGCGUUUUUGACAUGAAUGCACUAGAUACGCCGAAGCAUUUCUGGAGCCACUCAGCAGCGGUUAAGGCACUUGCGUUUUGCCCUUGGCAAAAGUCUCUUUUAGCAAUUGGGACCGGAUCAAAUGACCAGCAUAUUUAUUUUUAUGAUACCUUUCGAGGAAAUCUGAUUUCUAGGCUCUUCUGCGGAGCCCAAAUCACUUCCAUCAAUUGGUCACGAAGAUAUAAAGAGUUUUGUUUCAGCCUUGGUUAUGCGUACGAAGGAAACAUUGCAUCCGUUAUUGUUUGCCGAUGGCCACAGUUAACGCAAGUAUUCCAGGUACCCUUUUGUUCUGCUGAGGAUUUUCACCAGGAUCUUAGAACUAUCAUGGCUAUUCACACGCACCGUAAACGCUCCAAAAAUGACUGGGAAGAAGGUGAGUUCAUUGUUGUAGCUAACAAUGAUCAGACAGUAAAAUUUUAUAAGAUAUGGGGCACAGAAUCUCCGGCGAUCCAUAACGAUCAGGUACUAUUUCAAGAAGGUAUAUUUGGGAGUCAUAUUUUAGAAAUGCUAGAGGGAGUGCCGGAAAAUAUACUGCUGAAAAGUCUUCGUUAA